UCUGGUAACACUGUUUUAUAUUCAGCUAACGUAAAAGUUUCUAUAGAAUAUUUACAUUUACAAAAUUAUUUGUAACGGAUAGUGAAUCUACUAAAAAAAAAAAGCGAAGUACAACGGACAAUGCACUAAUGUAAAGGCCUAGUGGCAGUGUAAAUUUUGGCGUGUUCCCCGCGUGGAACUGCAUUUUUAUUUCUUUCGUUUCCUCAGUUUUGUGUGUGCGCUUGUAUGUGAAGAAAAAAGAGUGAGAGCGGCGAGGAGUAAAGCGAAAAAAAAAAAUUACCGUGAAAUUUUUGCUCUAGCCCGUACGUUGUUUUCUAUAUUUUUGUACGUAUGUACGUGUACGUGCCCGUCGUCCGUCUGCACAAAUGUGGAUGUGGAUGUGCAUCGUAGACUCGCGUAUUUUUAUACAUGGAAUAUCUGAAAAUUCCGGAUCGAGCGAACCGCGAAACCCACGAUAAGGACGAUACCACGACACCGGAGCAUAUACCACAAAAAGGAUAGGAGUAGACUUGGAGGGUAUCGCAGAGGUAGGGCUUAUAGAUCGAGCCUCCAAUCCAACACGUCCCCAAAAAUCACACACACGGAUCACAGGGACAACCCUCCACUACCCACUAGGUGGGUAGCUCAACGGGUAUCCAAUUAGAAGAAGAAGAAGACCACAAAACCACACGCACGUCGGGCCACUAACGAAUUUCGGGGAAUCUUCUGGAAAGGAAGUCUGCAUCGGAGUCUGAAGCACAGGAAGCGAUCAACCGAAGGUCCUCCUAUGUUCCUGCAAACGGGAGGGGGUGGGAAGGGAACCAGGCAACAGUCGACACACCAGCAGAACCACAACCACCAAGCCCAGCACCACCAGACGGCGCACUCGCACCACCACCACCUCCAGCAGCAACAAUCAGUAGUCCAGCAGCAGCCGCCCCAAACGAGAACGAACCUCUUGCAGCAGCAGCAGGAACAGCAGCAACAGCAGCAGGCUCACGCGCUGUUCGUCCCGAACCACACCGGUCUUCAUCACCACCAGCAACAGCAGUUGCUCCAACAGCACCACCAGCAACAGCAGGCCCAGCAGCAGGCCGCCCAACAGCACCAGCAACAGCUCCACCAGCAGCUUCAACAGCAGCAGCAACAGCAGGUGCAGCAGCAACAGCAGCAGCAGCAGGUCCAGGCCCAGCCACACCCCCAGCCGGUCAUAUUCUAUCCCCCACCGUCAACCUACACUAGUCACUCGGCGGCGCCAGGCAACAGCAAUGCCGGCGGCGGCGGCGCUGCCCUCCAACUGAGCGCCGCCGCCAGCACUAGUUCUCUAGGACAUCCGCACAGUGGGGCCGGUGGCGCUGGCGGUCAUCACCAUGGAGGAACCGUUGCAACCACAACCGGGGCCAACCUAACGCGCGCCCUCAGCAACCCGACGCUGCCGCCCCACUUUCCGCAGUCAGCUGGUCUGGCUGCUAGCGCUGCCCCAGGGGCGAGUUACAUCACUACCACCUACAUACCCUAUAACCCGACCAGUCAGCUCAUGGGCAUGCAACCGGCGGUGUCGUUUCCAGCCAACGGAGCCGCCGGAGCUCCAACCGCCUUCUAUGCAGCAACACCGCAGCCGCCGCCACAGCAGAAGCAGCUGCCACCAAAUAGUCAGCAGCCCGGAGGACCGCCGGGUGGGGCAGCGGGAGCUGGUCAGCCGUCGAUUACGUACUUUGUAGGGACUCCCCCGCCCAAUGCCGGCAAUGUAGCCAACAAUGUGACCACUGCGGCCACUACCCUUCGGGGCAAUAUGCGGGGCGGCCAGAGGGCGGCCGCCACGCCUCAGCACCCGAGCUACUAUGCCGCCUACGCCAUGGCGCCGGCCAACGCACCGCGUCCCACUCCUGCAGCGGUGGCGCCCAUGAUAAAUUCGCGCAACGGGGCUCUUAACGGACCGGCCGCCUUUCAUCUGCAGCCCAACUUUAUGCCUGGACUGACCUUAGGAUCGCCGGCCGGAAUGGCUGCUGCACCCAUGCUGGCUCCGGCCGGAAUGGCCGCCCCGCCACCUCAGCAGCCCGGCGGCCUGCACACCUAUGCCCAGCACCUGCAGACCACGAAUGCCACUGCUCUGGCUGGCGUCCAGAAUGUAGCUGGUGUGCCAGCCGUGCCGACCGGAUUCUCGGCCACAUCUCUGACAACUGCACCAGUGGGCGGAGCUCCGCAAAUAGUAUCCAGCGGCGACAAGGUGCGCCGUCACGCCAUUCCCAUCAUCCACCCGGACACAAAAGAGAACGUGCUAGACCCCAAGAGCUCGGUCUUCAUCAAGAAGGACUCUAACUCGACACUGACACCCAGCACGGGCCUGGACUCGGACAGCAAUAGUACCUUGUGUCUGUACCAGGCGCCUGUUCUUCUGGACUCCACCUCGGGUUCGUCCCUGGUAUCGGGCGUUCCGGCCCCGGUGGACCAGCAGAUGCAGACACUAGCCGCCAAGGCACCCGAAAUGCCAGUCUCCCAGUCAGGUUCCGCAGAAAAGCUGCCUGGCAUUGUAUUCGGCAGCGAUUCAACCUCUGAACUGGAUGACGGAAAUGUGAAUCCGGCUAUCACCACCACAGACAAGGAUCAGAUCAGUGUCAUUGUGAAGGACAUUUUGGCCCACUCGGGCAAUACUGAGGAACACCUCAGCUUCUGGCAGUACAGCGACGUGGACAAUGCCACCGACAGCCACGUUAGCCUGCCACUGGUACACAAGGAGUUGAACUUGCCGGAAGCUACUGAUUCGGGACCACAGCCCGUUUUGUUCCAAGAACCACCCAAGAAACAGCGCCCCAAAUCAGCAAACAAGCAAAGUACCGCCACACCCACAUCGAUAGCGAAUGACGUUGCCGAGGCUGCGGCCAGUGGCUGCUCGGGCAUCUCAAUACUAACCAGAAGCCAGCCGAUGCUGACCCCAUCGCCAGUACCGUCGCCAGCUCCGCGUCCCGCUACACAGAAGCCGACCAAGUCGAUAGCUACGACUGCGGUUCCGGCGCCAGCGGGCUCGCCCAGCAGGAAGACAUCCACUACCACAAGUUCGGGCGCCUCCUCGUCGGCCGCCUCCACACCAACACAUCAGUCAAGAGCACAGCAACAGCAACCGCCAGCCAAGCAACAACAGGUGUCCGGAGCUGUUGGGCAAGCAUCAAGCGUGGGCACGGCCUUCGCAUCGGCACCGCUAGCCCCGCCAGCUCGGGUCUCGGCGGCAGUCAACCAACUGGCCGGCACUACCGCACCGGCAAACACCGGCAACAAUUCCAACAACACGAAUAGCAACAAUGCGAGCAACAAGAAGCAACGUAAGGCCCAAAAACGGGCCAAGGAGCUAGAAAAGAAAAAGCAGAAAUCCACGAUAACCAACACCACUGGCAUCCAGAAUCAAAACAACAAUGGCAAGGGCAACAAUGGCAGCAUGCCGCCGGCCGAAAACACAAACAACAACAGUGCCCCGAACACAACAACACAGAACGCAACGGUGACAACAAAAGCGGCAGGAGCUGAAGCCGUGCCCGAGGCAACAACCAAACAAGUUACGACGCAACCGACGACUGAUAAGCUUAGUGCAACUAGUAAUAAUCCUAGCGUAAGUUCUAGCCUAAGAGACAACCAAACACAACCGCUGCCCACCUCCAAGGAGCAGCUGGCAUGCAUCAACAACAACAAUGACGAGGAAGUCAUUGAUGACGCGGAUGGCGAAAGUGACAUAGAAUCGGAUAGCAAGGAGGACAGCAUGUCACAGAGCAUGGAAAACAAGGUAGACCAGCACGUCCCAACAGACGAGAUUGUAGCGAAAUUUUUACAAAAGGGAAGUGCCAACUCAACCGCGACUUUCUCGGAAUCUCAGCUGCAGUUCCUAAACAGCAGCAGUUCUGUAUGCGAGGAGGAUGAGCAUAGUCCUUCAACCAAAUCCUCAACGGUAGCCCUGAGCGAGGAGAACUCUUUGGGCGAGCUUAAGUUUGGAGAUUUCAACGAGGAGACCCGCGACACUGGUUUCAUAUGCAGCUCCACUUGGUCCAGUUCCACCCUCAGCAAAGCUGCCGAAGAUGCAUCAUCUCUGAGCAGCAAGAGUACCGACAAUGUGGACUGUGCUGCCCCGAUUAAGGCACCGAUUGUGGCCGAAAAGAGUGGUGGUGGGAGCAAAAAGAGCUCACCCCUUCAUCAGGUAUCCAGCAAAGGAUCUGGAUCAAGCUGUGGAUCACCGAAGCCGAAGCAGCAGCAAAAAACUAAAUCGAAGAGCCCCAGUCCAACUCCUCCCACUCCAAAUCCCGAGAAGUUCUAUCGUUAUAGCAUCGAAAAGCUGCGCGAGCUAUCCAAGCUGAGCGACUCCCGAAAGCCACCGAUGGUGCCGUGCCAGAAGGGAGAUUGUAUUUCGCAGCUAUUUGUCUCCCGCCAGCAACAGCAGCAGCAUCACGGCCACGGCCAGCACAUCCAGCAGUACCAGCACAUGAACUUUAACGAAUCGAUGGACUAUGUGCCGGGCAAGCGGGGUCGCGGCCAUGGAGCCGGCAAGAAGCAUCACGACGGACACCAGCAGAUGGGCAGCUCUGGCGGCAUGGGCAGCAUGGGCGGAGGUGGCGGUGGUGGAGGCAGUGGCCUACCCAACUCAAAUCAACGCCACAUGGACAUCAUUCGUGUGCAGCUGUCGCUCAAGGAGGAGAUCAAGUUGUCCGAGUGCGAGAAUGCCUGGCAGCCAGAGACUCUGCGCCGUAUGUCCAUGGCUACUGGCCAGGAGGAGGACACCGAUGUCGAGGGCGUGAUUAAGAAAGUGCGCGGCAUACUGAACAAGCUCACACCCGACAACUUUGAGGUUCUGCUCAAGGAGAUGUCCAGCAUCAAGAUGGACAACGAAGCUAAAAUGACAAACGUCAUGUUGCUGAUCUUUGAGAAGACCAUCAGUGAGCCAAACUUUGCACCAACCUAUGCCCGCUUCUGCAAGGUUCUCUUCCACGAGAUCAAGGCCGAGAACAAGUCCUUGUUCACGAGUUCGCUGAUAACCCGCAUCCAGCACGAAUUCGAGUCAAAUGUGAACGAUGCGAACGCCAAGGCCAAGAAGCUGCAGCCGACCAUGGACCGCAUCAAUCAGUGUUCAGAUCCGGCCAAGAAGGCAGAGCUGAGAUCGGAAAUGGAGGAUCUGGAGUACCAAUUCCGUCGCCGAGCCUGGGGCACUGUGCGAUUCAUUGGGGAGCUCUUCAAGCUGCAAUCGCUGACCAGCGACCGGGUGCUCAACUGCGUGGAGUCCCUGCUCGAGCAUGGGUGUGAGGAGAAGCUGGAGUACAUGUGCAAGCUGCUGACCACGGUUGGGCAUUUGCUGGAAGCCGCCCUUCCGGAGCAGUACCUACUCAGGGAUCGCAUUGAGAAGAUCUUCCGCCGCAUUCAGGACAUUGUGAACAGAUCUCGUGGAACGUCGCACCGUCAGCAAGCGCACAUCAAGAUCAGUAGUCGCGUCCGAUUCAUGAUGCAAGACGUUCUCGAUUUGCGACUGCGUAACUGGGAUCAGCCGCCAGGAGCGAACCAAUCGCAAGGAGGCCGGAACCAGCGGCACAAGCAGCACGACGAUUCCAAGGACCAGCAGCAUCAUAGUUCCGGUGGGAAUCGUGGAGUAAACCAACACCAGCAGCAAAUGCAUCACCAGUCUCAGCAAAAGCAUCACCAUCACAGCCAGCAGCAUCACCAGCAUCACGGCCAGCAGCACGGUGACGACAGGGGUGGCGGUGGCGGCGGCAACUACUUCAUGCAAAAGAUGCCCAAACAGCAACAACACGAGAACCAAACGCUCAGCAUCGAUCCCAGCAAGCUGCGCUUCAGCAGCAGCAGCCUCGCCAGCGAAGACACGCCCGCCAAGCUGGGCAAUUCCUCGCACUAUCAGUGGCGCAACGCCGGCAACCGGCCGGUGGGCAGCACCCCCGCCAACAAUCCGCCGCCGCCCACUUCACUGCUCAAGCGCCUACCCACUCCGGGUCAGAACUUUAGCUACUCGCCGUACCAGCAACCCUCUUCUCAGCCCAUGGGGGCUUCCGCACCACCUGCCAGUGGCAACAGGAGCCAUGCGGGCGAACAGCAGAACUCUUCAGACGUAGGCCUGGACGCCAAGGAGUGCCAGGAGCUGCUGACUAAGAUGGUGGAGGAGGCUUUGAAUACCCGCAACUGGCAAGGGGAAGUCCUUACGAUCUGGCGUUCCCACAACGGAAAACAGCAGUCGAAAGUACUGCAUUACCUACUGAUGGACUACCUCCAUCGGGCGACAGUGAAGCGCCAGCAGCGGCAGGCAUCCGCCAACGUGUUCUCCCACUUGAUGAGCCAGGAUGCCGUGGAUAAGGCCGUCUUUGUACAGGCGUACUCACGAUUCGGCGAAGACUUUCCGGAUUUGCUGGUGGAUGUACCCAAUGGAUGGGCGUAUGUGUUCGAGUUUUUGGGUCCGUUGCUGCACUCUGGCAGGCUGAGUCUCAAGGAUAUUUGGCAGCGACGCUGGCUGGAUAAUCCAUCUUUCACGGAGCGCUUCGUGUUUGCCUUUGUGAACUAUUUUGUGCAGGAAUUCGGUGCCGCCUACGCCCGCAAGCUGUGGCACAGCGAGUACAAGUUGGACCGCGGCCAGAUGUUCUGGAGUGAUGGACGCAAGUAUCGGGACUUUGUGCAGGCGCAUAGUUUUUACUUUCUGGACAAUGGACCCGCACAGCAGCAACAAAGCCAGGGAAAACCCAAAGGCCCGACAGCCUACCGUUCGCCGGUGGAGCAUGUGGAGCGAAUCCGAUACCUACUGGGCCUGUCCUGCGACAUGGCCAUCGACUACAUUAACACGAACGUGGCCAUCAACGCCAACUUUGUCAGGCAGCUCACAAAAUUUCUAUGCUGUGAUUUCGCGCUAACUGUGAUGACUAACACCCACAAUAAGAAACAACCGCUGCAGCUCAACACCGAGAGCUUUCGCAGCCGGUGCACACCGCUGUUGCGCCUCUGCAUCGACGCCCAGGAGGCGCUGGAGAUCGCGUGCAUUGACGAGGCGGUGGACUCGCUGCAGCAGCACUUUAUGGCGGAGUUCGAGGACGAGAUGGCCGCUGGCGAGACCAUCUGCAGCACGUUCAGUGUGCUCUACGACAGCGAGGUGAUACCCAAGGAGUCAUUCGACAAGUGGUACAAGCUGGAGAUCGAGCACUCCUCCGCCUACCGUCGUCCGUUCAUCGAAAAACUUCGCAGCUUCAUCGAGGAUAUGUAGAUGCAAGACGUUCUUAAACACGAAUACAAAAGUAGAGGAACCAAAAGUGGAAAAAACAAACAUAAAAUUAGAAAUCCCUAACAACUAACUAGCCGGUGACCCGAUUGACCCGGCGCGGUCGUAGGUGUGAAGUGGAUACUAUUACGCAAAGGAUCUGUCUUAAAAUUUGAUUGUGCAUCGUCGACACACACUCACAUACACCCCAUUGUUUGUUGUGCAGUGUUUUGGAACUGUCUAGACGAAAAUUCCUUGUUUUUUCCACACAGAUUUCCUAUGCAAGCCGAACCUUCAAGUCACACACACACCAAACAUUUCAUUUGUAUCACAACACGUUCCUUACGAGAAAGAUAAAAUUUCCCAUUCGAUGACUUGGUCAUGUUUCAACACAGACAACAAAUAUUUACACUUAAUCGUAUCAAAUGAAUAAAUAUAACAGAAAAACACCCACGAAUAAUGAAAAUCAUAAUAAUUCAAUGGAAUCUCCGAUGACCGAAGUAUAUUCGAGGAAUAACAUCGACUAAGCAUUACCCAGCAAUACAGGGUAUACAGCGCAUAUUGAUGUAUAAUUACAUAUAGAAUAUUCAUUUUCGUAAACUCUACAGUAUUUCGUUAAUCAUUUAAAUAAAUGCGGACAUCAUUUAUAGGCCUAGCUUCGUAGCUUAGCGUACUUUUCUAGACUUAAAAGGAAUUUUUGUUUAUUUUACCUUUCAGUACAAAGCUUUGUGAAUUCAAAUUACGUUUGUUUUGUUUAUUUUUUUUUGUUUGAGGUAUUAUAAACUAUAACCACUUAUGAUUUACGUAUCUUCGAUUUCAAAUGUAAACGGCUCAAAAAAAUAGGCAAAAAUAUUCACUCUUCCUAACCGAUCUGUAUUUCAAAUCUCAAUUCCGCGGUUUAUUGUACAACUCGGAAUAUUCACUUAUAUAUUAAAUCAAUAUAUAUAUAUAUAUAAAUUAUAAAAAUAAUUUAUGGCAAAAAUAUACGUACGUAUACUAAACAAAAAUGAAUGUAAAUUAUAAAAUUCGUAAAGACAUGUAAAGUAUUUAGCACACAAAGCAUGAUUAUCCAAAGAUAAAUCUUAAAAUUAGCUGUAAAAAGGAAAGAAAAAAAAUACACUAAUAUUAAAUUCGACGACAAAAAAUAUAAAAACACACACACACAUUUACUAUAUAGUUAUUUAAACCAAAUUGAAAAAACAAAAAGUAUAUAUAAAUAACAAUUCAAGCAUAAAAGCAUACAUAAACGUCAUAAUGAAAAACGAAAAAAAAAGCAAAAACAAAGAGCUCUAAGCCGCCUUUAAUUAGUUAUUUUUAUAAAAUUGAAUGAAAACCUAAAUCUAAAUCGAUAAAAGCAAAAACUCAAUUUCAAAAAUUUAUAUAUAAAAUAUUUGAAGCAAGGCAACAAACAAAAAACAAACAAGUUUAGCGAAAAUUAGUUUUACUAAACUCCACAUUUUUUGUGUAUAAACUUUAGGUUUUUUUAUUUUACACUACAAGUGGAAAAACAUGAAAAUGAUUUACGGCAAAAGCAAAUGAAAAUUGUACGCCUAAGUAAUUAGCAAAAACAAGAAUUAAAAAAGAAGCAAGAGAUAUGGUUUAAAUAGGUAAGAAAUUGACAAAGAAAAACCCGAGAAAACCGAGAAAAAAAGGAAGUAAUUAUAACACUUCUGCACUAAACAAGAGAAUAAUUCUAAAGCCAAGCUAAAACAUUUAUAAGUGGGCGUGGCUAUUUAACUAGUUUCGUAGCAAUUCGGCAGGCAUUCCAAAUGCUUUCGGCCAACUUUUCGGGAUGAAUUUCAACCAGAUACCGAGCACGAUGAACUGGUAUCCUGAAUUUCGAUGAGCCGGGGGCAGGAGAUUGAACCAGAGUUUCCCAGUGAAUUUCCUUAGAGAAAUUGAAAGUAGAACCCAGCAGAACAAGGCGAGCAGGUGACGGGGCAGGAUAUGCGGAGAGCAUAUGCUAAACAGGAAAUCAACAAGAAAUUGUAAACAGCUAAUAAUAAAACGGAAAAGUAAAACUUUAAGGCGUUUUAAUGCGGGUCCAGUUCUCAGUUGGCAUUUCUCAUUUUCAUAGGCAUGCGGCACAUCUUCAUCCCACCACACUCAAGAACUUAUCCUUAAGAACAAAACACUCGCAAAAAGUGCAUCCCUAAACACCCAAAACCACACACACCCACAACACAUCUCAUCAUUUGGUGAUGGCAGAAAGUAAGAGUACCAUUUGUUGCAUUGCUUAGCAUAAGAGGUUGUGGACAUUGGCUUUAAGGCUUGUGAAAAAUGAUAUAAGCCAGUUUGAAAAUGGCCGAACGUCGAGGUCGCAUUCCUGUGGCCAGGUUUCGCACCCAGGAGGCCAAGACCCGCAGCAGGAGUCGCGUCCGGGAGCCAGACUAUAAUGAGCAGGACCCGGAGCACGAUGUGUUCACGCUGCUGGAGGACAACAUCGCCCUGAGGGAGGAGAACAAAGCGCUCAAGCUUGAGAUCGAAACAC